GUAUUGAGCUGGCUCCAUCCAGAAACUCAAGCAUCAAUAACACGAUGCUCGCAGCCAAUGUCAGGAAUGACAAAUAAAAGAUGUCCAGAUGACGAAUGGUUUUUGAAACAAAUAGUAUCUGCUAAUGCACAUACUCAUCAACUGCUUAUAUUCGAUGCCCGGCCAAUCGUUAAUGCAAAGGUGAAUAAAGCAAAAGGAGGCGGCUAUGAAGAGUCUUAUGAUCAAUGCCACUUGCUCUUCCUCAACAUUCACAAUAUACACGUUGUUCGAGAGUCGCUAAGAAAGCUGAAGGAUUGCUUGUUUCCUCGUGUUGAUGAGAAGAAUUAUCUAAAGCUAGUGGAUGAAUCGAAAUGGUUGAACCAUAUACAAUCCAUAAUCGAAGGAGCUGUACAGAUUGUUUCUGAAGUAGAGCAAAACCGGAACUCGGUUCUUGUGCAUUGCUCGGAUGGAUGGGAUCGUACCGCUCAACUUACCGCUCUGGCAAUGAUCCAGCUUGAUCCCUACUAUCGCACAAUUAAGGGUUUUGCUGUACUUAUAGAGAAAGAAUGGUGCAGUUUUGGUCAUAAGUUUGCACAUAGGAUUGGUCAUGGAGAAGACAAGUCUUCAGAUGGAGAAAGAUCACCAGUUUUUGUUCAGUUUAUCGAUUGUGUUUGGCAGCUUCUGCAGCAGGUUGGUUGUCUAUGA